GCAAAGGCAAGCUGGUCUACCAUUAUAUUGAGGUGAAGGGCCAGCCUCCUUAUGAGCCUGCACGAAAUCGACGCUCACCAGCGAAAGCAGCAGAAGAGCAGAGGCAAGUGGAUGACAUGUUGAAGGAGGGAAUGAUCCGCCCUUCGUCAUCACCUUACUGUGCCCCUGUUGUUCUUGUGCGGAAGAAGGAUCCGAAUCAAUGGCGUCUCGUCGUUGAUUACCGACCCUUGAAUGCGCAAACUGUCUUGGAUAACUUUGUGCUUCCUCGCAUUGAUGAGACCUUGGAUGCCCUCGCGGGACAUUCAUGGUUUGCGACGCUCGACUUGGCAAAAGGUUUCCAUCAGAUUCCGAUGGCUGAGUGUGACAAACACAAGACAGCCUUUGCAGUUGCUGGUCGAGGACAGUUUGAGUAUGAGUUCCUACCCAUGGGCCUCUCAAACUCCGUCGCUACCUGUCAACGAUUCAUGGAGGUUUGCUUGGCUGGUCUGCAGUGGCAAACAUGUCUCGUCUACCUCGAUGAUAUCUGCGUCAUGGCAAGAAGCCAUGAAGAGCUCUGCACACGCUUGCGUGAAGUCUUUGAGCGUGUCCGAGCUGCGAAUAUUCGAUUCAAGCCCUCAAAGUGUGUUCUCGGCACGAGGCGAAUUGAUUACCUUGGUCAUUCUGUCACGGCCAAGGGCGUCAAGCCGCUCAAGGAGAAAAUACAAGCUGUCGCUGACUUUCAGUUGCCCAGCAACAAGAAAGAGCUCCACAGCUUCGUCGGCUUGUGUCAAUAUUAUCGCCGAUUUGUGCAGGAUUUUGCAGUGAUUGCUGCUCCUUUGACGGACAAGCUCAGUGCAAAAGCACCUGACAAAUUCGCGUGGACAUCAGAGAUGAGGGAGGCAUUCUAUCGUCUCAAGAAGGAGCUCUGCAGUGAGCCCAUCCUUCGCCUACCCGAUUUCUCUAAGACAUUCAUCUUGAAGACAGACGCCAGUGACCGUGGAGUCGGUGGCGUGCUGGUUCAAGAGGAUGCGGAUGGAACAGAGCAUCCUGUCCUUUAUGUCUCUCGCAAGUUUAACGCCACGGAGGAGAAGUCCUGGUGGCCAACAGAGAAAGAGGCAUUCGCUCUGUACUGGUGUGUGAAGACUCUUCGUCCUUACCUGGACGGGAGGCACUUCAUCAUCAAGACCGAUCACUCUGCUUUGAAGUACAUCAAAGCAUGGAGAGAGAUCAACCAGAAGGUCCAGAAUUGGAGCCUGCUCCUCCAAGACAUGGACUUUGAGGUGCGGCACAAGAAAGGCAAGCUGCAUCGAGAUGCUGACGCCAUCUCGCGGCUCUGCGCCAUGGCUGCCAAAGCUUGUGGUUGCACAGAGGAAGAGUGGCGCUCGAUGGUCAACACCAUCGAGGAGGACUUCGACGAAAUGCCUGAAGAGGGCAGUCCGCUCUCAGCAGACAUUCUGAGAAGUGAAGCGUCCGCUCAUUGGCCAAGUGAUGAAGAGAUCAUCACUUUGCAACGAAACGAUGAAGAGCUGGGUCAAACAUGUGAGUAUCUGACCACGGGCAAGGAACCAAGCGACGAGAAAAUCGCAAGGAUGGUCCGCUCGGGCUCUUACGAGUUUUCGUUGAUCGAUAGAAAAUUAUUCCGAAUUUUCCGAGCACCCAGCAGAGGGAUAACGCCGUGUCUCGUUGUUCCUCCGCCUCUUCGCGAGAAGGUGCUCUACGAGAAUCACGGCCAUGUGUUGGCUGGCCAUCUCGGUCUCCAGAGAACUGUGUCUCGCAUUUCUCUGCGAUACUGGUGGAGAGGCAUGUAUGACGACAUUAAGAGAUGGGUCAUGAAUUGUCCAGUGUGUCGUGCGGCGCGACAGCGCCCGACGACUCACUGGCCUCUCAAACCCAUCCCGGUGACUCGUGCGUUUGAGUUGGUCGGCAUGGAUAUUGUUGGACCGCUGCCUGAGUCACACAAUGGCAAUCGUUACAUGCUUGUCUUCAUGGAUUACCUGACAAAAUGGCCUGAGGUAUUUCCGAUGAAGGACAUGACGGCUCUCGCUGUCGCUGAGUGCUUGGCUUGGUUUGUUGCCCAGCAUUCAGUGCCGAAAGCCAUUUUGAUUGACCAGGGCUCGCAGUUGAAGUCGAAGGAGCUUCAGAAAAUCUGCGAUGUCUAUGGCAUACACCACAAAUAUACAACACCAGCACAUCCAGAGACGGAUGGCUUGGUGGAGCGAUUCAACCAAACCCUUGUCCACCAACUCAAGAAGCUGGUAGACAUGAAGGAGAAUCGCUGGGAGAAAUAUCUUCCGUAUGUGUUGUUUGCUUACCGUGUCACCACGCAGCAGAGCACGAACCAUACGCGGUUUGAGAUGGUGAUGGGUCGACAAGCUCGUCUGCCGGGUGAUCAGUCUUUGGUUGCAAUGGACAUGCUGUCCGGCAUUGAACCAGAAGACUAUGUCGAGGUGCUGCGCGAAGGCCUCGAGAUCCUGCACAAGGAGGCUCGGGAGAACAUCGCAAAGCAGCAAGAGAAGAUGGCCCAAAAGUCAGCUUGGGCCGCAGAGAAGCUGCCCCGAUAUGAGAUCGGGCAGAUGGUUCGUCUCCAUUUGAAGCAGAUUCCGAAAGGAACCAGCUCGAAAUUCGCUCUCCCUUGGCGAGCGAUUUUCCGAGUCGUCGACGGCUUCAACAAUGGAUUGAACUACCGCAUUCAGCCUCUUGGUGGACAACAGGUGAUGAAUGUGCAUGUCUCUCGCUUGGCACCCGCUUAUAAAAGCAAAUGGCUCCAGGAAUCCCCUGAGAAGCCAGAGAGCUUUAAGCAGGUGACCAUCGAACACAGGCCCACCGCACCAGCGAACGUCUUGGACGAGACGGACACCGGUGAGGUGUGGGAAGUGCAAGAGAUACUCGAUAUGCGCACCAGGAGAGACGGGCGCCGCGACUAUCUCGUCAAGUGGAAUCUCCUGCCGCGUAGCUUGGCGGAGUGGAUUCCAGAAGAACAGCUCUUCUGUCCGAAGCUCUGCAGUGACUUCGAACGGAGAAAGAGAAUGAUCGAUGCGAAGAAGCAAUCAGAGCGGUACGUGAAAGCUCAAGCUGUAGCUGCAAGUCGCGCCAAAGUUGGCGGCCUUGACUUCACUGAGACGCCCAGAUUGCAGCAAGAGCCUGCAAAAGGAAAGCAACCGACCUUUGAGCAGAUCAAAGUGGGCCAGGUUCUCCUUUUGUUUCAUCCUGAGUCGCAUGGCAUUUACUACGUGAAUGUGUUGGCAAAGGAUGGAGACGGCAUUGAAGCUCGCUAUCUGCCGAAGAGCUCGAAGGUAGAGGUCGAGCAGGGCAAGUUCAGACACCCUGCUGGAUACUCCACUCGCUUCUCGCGCAGAGAGCUUGAGAAACACUACACUUGGCGGAUCAUGGGAGACGCCGAAGUGCGAGCCCUUCCCAAAAGGAAGGCACUGAAGAUUCCUGCUCCUCCUCAGGCAGCGCAAGCGCCCCCUGCAUCACAGCAUGCCGGGGCCGCACAACAAAGAGCGGCGUCGACGGAGCGUAGAACCUCGCAGAGACUCGCUGACAGGCGGGCUGCGCAGAGUUCAUCGUCGACCGAGGACGCUCGACGUCAAUGAGGGGCGAGCUGUGGUGAGGUGCUCCCUCCCCACUGACUCAUUGAUUCUUUUUUCGAAGUACUUUUCGUUUCCCGCCACAGGUGCUCUAAGCCCUGUGCAAGGCGCCCUCCGAAGCAAAUGCUUCGGAGACGGCUGAAUUCUUUUCUUGUCUACAUAACUGUAGCCUACAUAUCUGCAGCUCUGCCCUUCGUGCCCCGUCGCCGUCGAAUUCGUUUCAUGUAUGCACUGCAUGUUGUCUGCUGGGGGGCUGGCUGUCUGACUGGCUGACUGGGGAAAUGGAUGGAAAUCGAUGGGAAGGAAGGACUCGUUUUUCCGAUGUACAGGCAGUGCCGCCCAUCUGUGGGUUUACUUUGUCGAUUGGUACUGGUUUGCGCCCGCGAGCGCUCGUCGAGUGACGAAAUGACUGUCUGAAGAAGCGUCUGAGACACGCCUUGUUUGCUUUGAUUGGAG